AUGGCUAAAGGCACAUAUGACACACAGAGAAAGAACUCCAUCAGCAAUGAGUUACUACUGGAAAUUAAGAAAAUGGAGAAAGAGCUGAGGAAGCGAAAUGAGGAAUACGAGGAGCUGAACAAUAGCUACCGGGAGGUUUACGGCUCCUACAUUGUGAGCAAGACAAACCUGGACGAGGCGACAAAUAAUUACGAAGGGGAAGUCCUCAAAUUGGAGACCAUGCUAACGGAAAAGGAAAACCAGUACGUCGAGUUGCAGGAAAGCUUCCAAGAAAUGUUGGAAGAUAAGUGCAAACUGGAGGCGGAACUUGAGGGGUAUCAAAAGGCCAUAUACGAGAUGGAGGAAAACUGCGCUUCGCUGAAAGAGUCUCACAAGGAGGAACUGAAAGAAAUCCAAGAGGAGAUGUCCAACCUGUGCUCGCAAAUGGACAGCAUUAACGAGGAGCUACAGUUCGCGAAGGAAAGAUGCAAAGAGUUGGAGAGGUUAAAUGAGGAGAGAGCCUCCACCAUCGACACCCUCAAUGGGGAAAUUGAGAACUUAAAGGAGGAGAAGAAGCUGCUCGGAAUCGACAAGGAGACUAUCCAAGCGCAGCAGCGUGGAAUUCACGAGGAGAUGCAGCAGGUGCGUAAGGAGAAGGAGGAACUGUUUCGGGAAAGGGAAGCAGCAGACCGAGAAAGGGAGGCAGUAGACCGAAAACGGGAGGCAGUAGACCGGGAAAGGGACGAACUGGGGCGGGAAAAAGAACGCAUGGACCAAUGCAGGGAGGAGUUACUGCAGGAGAAGGAGCUCAUACAGACGGAGAGAGACCAACUGGGGAGGGAAAGACACAGACAGGAGAACAACAUGAAAAAUAUAAUUAUAAAAUUUAGCGAUUUGCAGAAGGAGCUGGACGACCUUGCUUCGGAGAAUUCGACGAAGGAGUCCUGCCUACGGGAGAGCGAGCAGAGGGUGCGCGCGCUGGAGAAGGAGGCCUCCCUGUGCAAGAACAAGAUCGCCGGGUUGGAUCAGAAGAUGCAGGAGCUGAAGAGCGAACUGGCCAGCGAGCGGCAGAGGAGUAGCCAGCUGCAGCAAGAUACGGUGCAUAAAGCCGGAGAGGUCCUCAAGAGGGACUCCAUUAUUGAGGUUUUAUAUAGCAAGCUGAAGGAGAAAGAAAGCGAGUUGGUGCUGUUCCAGAACGAAAACUUGUCUCUGAAGAACCACAAGAAGGAGCUGAGCAGAAUUUGGGACAGCAGGAAGAGCCAAAUGGACAGCAUCGAAGUUGAUUUGUGUCAAAAGCUGUCCAAGCUAAUCGUUAAGAACAAAAUCCGGGACAGGGACGACCUGCGCUUUGAUGGGCACCCUCAGUCGUUUCUCCUGAAAACGCUGUGGUGCGGCUACGUCGACAUCUGCAAGAGCAUCCUCAAGACGAGGGACGGCUACCUGUACAGCGGGAGCAGAAGCCACCGCUUCAUUUGCGCCUACGGCACGGACCUGUUCCUGGACGUGAGGCAGGACAGCGCGAAGAAGAAGUACCUGCUCUCCUACAGAAACGAAACGAGGGGGAUCUUCCAGGUGAACGAAGACGAGGCGAAGAGCCUGGUGUACGUGGGCCCUCUGAGCAAGUGCCAGGGACAGAGCGUUGCCCCGUGCAGCGACAAAGUUAGCCUCGAGAUGGUUAAGGGGCGAAGCUGCAAUUACCUGUUUGAAGAAAUGUACGUGACGAAGAAGGGAACGAAGCUAGUCCUCAUCAGGGAGAAACAGACAGGCAAAUAUUUUAGCGGCUUACAUAGAAAUGAUCUUCCAAAGGAAAAUGAAAAGAAGAAGACAGGAGUGGACCAACUACAAUACAAUAACGUUGUGAAUACGCUGAUUGAUUACAUGACCACAGAGGAGAAGGAGAGGUGCAAGGGGGACAUCAUCUUGAGGACCUCCCACCAGAAGGUCAAGAUCGAGAGUGGCGCGCAUCCCAUCGAGCAUCCCACCGAGCAGGUGAACAAAACGCGCCUCAUAAAAAACCAGCUGGAUGAAUCCAACUGUAUGGAAGCUCCCAAAGGAGAAGCAGCACCAAUGGGGGGAAACAAAAGUGAAGCUAAAGCCACUCGGAAGAAAGAAGUGGGACGGAAGAACACCAAGUUGGCCUCCCCCUCUGCGGCCACCCCCAAAGGGAACUUCAAGGGGGUAAAAGGCGAACACCAAAUGAGUGAAGAGAAUUUGCAUCGGUAUAACCUAGCCAAGGAGAUGCUCCUCCUCCCGGGCAGCAACGCCAGCAACGCCAGCGGCGGGAGCGAUGGGAGCAGUGGUAGCAAUGGAAGCGAUGGCAACAACCGGGGAGACGCCAACCGAGGCAGCGACGGGGGCGACAGCGCCAGCACCGCGGAUGGCGGCCGCGUGCCCCGCUUCCACUUGAAAAAUGAGUACGCGAAUGACACGGAGGAGGAGUCCAAAUGUGCCGAAAAGGAGAAGCCGUCAGUGUCCCCCCUGGAUGGGCAGAAGGGCUCGGUUCACUCGUUUUUAAAGCACCCCGGUGGAGCGGCUAAAGGAGCAGCUGGAGGAGCAACUGGAAGUGCCGCUUCCCUCGCCAGCACAGCCGACUUUAACAAUACCAACAUUGUGUUGACCAUAAAUAAGGAGGAGGCAAUUCUGUUUGAAGUUUUUAAUUACGAGCAGAUAGCCGAGCAUGACGCUGUUCGGUUCGCCUCUGAGUAUGUUUUGCACUUCCUUUCCAACUGGAAGAAGGGAAGCUACUGCUCCUCUUCGCAGGACGCAUCAUCCACGACCGUGUGCAGCGAGCAGAGCUCUAACGUGUUUACGUCUCUCGACGGGGAUUGGUGCAUCCUCCCUGCGUACCUCUCGUACACGUGA